UCUGUAAUAAUCGUCUUGAAGAUUCGCGAAAGAAACCAUCGGCGAUGGCCACCACCGUCCACCCCCACUCCCCUUCCCCCUCCCCGGACCCAACACCCACCACCACCACCACGCCUCCCUCUCCUCCUCAACACAACCCGCCCUCCUCCGACGUCGACGGCAGCGAGAUCGCGGCGCCCGACCAGCAGCUCGCCGCCGUUGCCGAGGAUGGGAAGCCGGCCCCCGGCGGCGGGAAGCUGGUGGCGGAAGCCAUGCGCAAGCACGCGGCGCCCCGGUCGUCGCGGUUCCACGGCGUCACCAGGCUCAAGUGGAGCGGCAAGUUCGAGGCGCACCUCUGGGACAACGCCAGCCAGGUCCAGGGCCGCAAGCGCAAGGGCAAGCACGUGUAUUUAGGAAGCUAUGUUACUGAAGAGAGCGCUGCAAAAGCACAUGACCUUGCAGCUCUCAAAUAUUGGGGCAUAAAUCAACACACCAAAAUGAAUUUCAAUGUUUCUGACUAUGAGAAAGAAAUUGAGAUCAUGAAGAACAUGAACCAAGAUGAAUUUGUGGCCUACAUAAGGAGGCAGAGUAGUUGUUUCUCAAGAGGAACUUCAGCAUACAGGGGUGUAACAAGGCGCAAAGAUGGUAAAUGGCAAGCACGAAUUGGUAGGAUUGGUGAGAGUAGAGACACCAAAGACAUCUAUCUUGGCACAUUUGAAACUGAAGUGGAGGCAGCUGAAGCUUAUGACCUAGCAGCAAUUGAGCUCCGUGGUGUUCAUGCUGUGACCAACUUUGAUAUCAGCAAUUACUGCGAAGAUGGUUUAAAGAGACUUGAAGAAGGCUGUGAAGAUGGUUUGAAGAGACUUGAAGAAGGCCGCGAAGAUGGUUUGAAGAGACUUGAAGAAGGCCGCGAAGAUGGUUUGAAGAGACUUGAAGAAGGCCGCGAAGAUGGUUUGAAGACACUUGAAGAAGGCCGCGAAGAUGGUUUGAAGAGACUUGAAGAAGGCCGUGAAGAUGGUUUGAAGAGACCUGAAGAAGGCCCCGAAGAUGGUUUGAAGAGACUUGAAGAAGGCUGCCAAGAUGGUUUGAAGAGACUUGAAGAAGGCUGUGAAGAUGGUUUGAAGAGACUUGAAGAAGGCUGUGAAGAUGGUUUGAAGAGACUUGAAGAAGGCCGCGAAGAUGGUUUGAAGACACUUGAAGAAGGCCGCGAAGAUGGUUUGAAGAGACUUGAAGAAGGCCGUGAAGAUGGUUUGAAGAGACCUGAAGAAGGCCCCGAAGAUGGUUUGAAGAGACUUGAAGAAGGCUGCCAAGAUGGUUUGAAGAGACUUGAAGAAGGCUGCCAAGAUGGUUUGAAGAGACUUGAAGAAGGCCCAUCCGAGGUAACUAACCUGGAGGAUCAACCAGAGGCCACUAAGAUAGCUGGACAAUAGAUAUUAGAAAUAUCAUGUAAAUUAUUUCGUUACCUUCCAUUUGCCUUUUUUCAUUGAUGAUGAUCAUCAAUCUUUUCUCCUUUUUUAGAGUGUCGUUUCUGCUUUCAUUUUUCCUGCAUUUUUUUUCAAUGGAUCCCUGCACACUGUUGCCGUUGUGGUGUUUUACCAACUCCGGAAUACCUGAUGUUGUACUCUGUAUUCUCAUGUAAACUAUACAUAAAUCCUCGAUGGUAUUUGUAAAAAUAACAAUGCAAUCGGAAGUUCAGUGCUUUAAUUUU